AUGAACUCUGAGCGAAGGUCUUCUGUUUUUGCCUUCGAAGAUAAUGAUAAGCUUAAAGAAGAACCACUUCUUAAGCCUAGCAUUGGAAACGAUAUGUUUACAUAAAGAUUUUCUUAGCGAGAAGAUGAAAAAUAUCUUGUCAAUAGAAAGGAUACAGUAAGAUCAGACGAUAUGGCUGGCAGCAAAAUGGUAUCUUAUAAUGAAACUUAAUAAGAGAGAACAGACUCAGAUAACUUUGAUAGUACUUUACUGAUACCAAGGAGAUUUGAGCUUUUCAAGAUUUAUAACAAGAAGAGAGAUAAAAUAAAGCCUUUCUGCAAUAAUGAAAUAUCUACAUCAAAGUAUAAUCUGAUAACAUUCUUGCCUAAGAAUCUGUUCUUUCAAUUUAGGAAAAUGUCUAAUCUCUACUUUUUGUUAAUGGCUUGUCUAGAGCUUAUCAAAGAAAUAUCAGAUUCUAAUGGUGUGCCUUUGAUGCUAAUGCCACUCAGUUUUGUGGUACUUGUGUCAAUGGUAAAAGACAUAUUUGAGGAUUUGAAAAGACAUAAGAGUGAUAGAUUUGAGAAUAACCUAAAGGUACUAGUAGGCAAUCAUAAAACUGGAGAGUUUGAUGAGAAAAAAUGGAGAGAUGUUCAUGUUGGGCAAAUUGUUAAAAUCAGGCAAAAUGAAUUUUUUCCAGCAGAUAUUGUUCUUAUGAAUAGUUCUGCCCAUAAAGGUAUAUGCUACAUUGAAACGAAAAAUUUAGAUGGUGAAACUAAUUUAAAGCAUAAACAAUCAAAUAAAAUAACGAUUGAUAUGUCAAAGUCUGAUGAAGAAGUACUCAAAAACUUCUAGGGUGCUUAUGUAGAAUGUGAAAAUCCGAAUGAGGUACUUUAUAAGUUUGAUGGCACUUUAAUCCUUUAAAACUAGCCGAUUCCCUUGGGAGUAGAUCAAAUGCUAUUAAGAGGUAGUAGUCUAAAAAAUACUGAAUACAUUUAUGGAAUAGUUAUUUUCACUGGACAUGAGACUAAAAUUAUGAAGAAUUCCGCAAGAUCUCAAAAUAAGUUUUCAAAGUUAGAAAAAGCAACAAGUACAUACAUUUUGGUCAUUGUAAUCAUUCAAAUUUCUCUGAGUUUACUUGCUGCUAUUCUUAACUCAAUAUGGGAAAUAGUUAACUAUGAUAAUUUCCCUUAUAUAAGAGUAGAUGAUGCAGAUAAAUAUGGGUUUUUUAAAAAUCUAAUAAUAAAGUUGGGAACAUGGUUUUUGAGUCUCUCAAAUAUAGUUCCAAUUUCAUUGCUUGUGACCCUUGAAUUGGUUAAGUUUAUCUAGGCUACAUUCAUCUCUUGGGACAUCUUAAUAUAUGAUUUAGACAAAGACAUGCCAACUAAGGCUUAAUCAUCAAAUUUAAAUGAAGAGUUAGGCACUGUUCAUUAUAUUUUCUCCGAUAAAACUGGUACUCUAACUUAAAAUGUCAUGGAAUUCAAGAAAUUUUCGGCUGGAAAAUACUCCUAUGGAAAAUCUAGCCCUUAAUCUGACCUUUACGAGCUUAAAAGAAAUGGAAUUACAAAUGUAAAUUUUGAAGAUCAAAUGUUCAAUGAUCAUUUUAAUGAUCCCAAUCAUCCUAAUCAACAGUAUCUACAAACUUUCAUAGAGGUUUUAGCCGUUUGCCAUACUAUCAUUGUCGAGGAAAAAGAAAACUAAGUUGUAUAUAAUGCAUCAUCACCAGAUGAAUUAGCUUUGGUUAAUGCUGCAAAAUUCUUUGGAUAUACUUUCAAGGGUAGAGAUGAAGAUAGUAAUUUGAUUGUUGAUGUUUAAGGAAGAGAGAUCAAGUAUAAGCUUUUGAAUGUUAUUGAAUUUACUUCAGCUAGAAAACGUAUGACUGUCAUUGUAAGAACAGAGGACGGUAAAAUUAGAGUUAUGUGUAAAGGAGCUGAUUCUAUAAUUAUACCCUUAUUAAAGAAGAAUUAAAGUAUAGUUGAAAAGACAACCUAAUAUCUAGAUUAAUAUGCAAAAGAGGGAUUGAGAACAUUGCUAAUCGUAGAAAAAGAAGUCAAUGAAGAAUUCUACAAUGAAUGGAAUGAGGAAUUCUAAAUAGCCCUUGUUUCAUAACAUUAAAGAGAAGAAUAGAUAGGGAAGGUAGCAGAAAAAAUAGAACAUGAAUUUAUCCUUAUUGGAUCUACUGCAAUCGAAGACAAACUUUAAGAGGAUGUUUCAGGAACUAUAAAGUUCUUGAAAGAAGCUGGUAUAAAAAUUUGGGUCUUAACUGGAGAUAAAAUUGAAACUGCCAUAAAUAUUGGUAUAUCUUGCUAGCUGCUUACUUAAGAGAUGGAAAUAUUUAUUGUUGAUUAGAAGUCCACAAAAUAAAUAAUGCUAUAAAUAACCCAGCAUAGAAGGGAUUAAAAGCUGACUGAACUAGUCAGAGAAAACGGAGUUAUAGUAUCAGGAGAAGCAUUGAUUAAAAUAACUAAGAAUCCAAGAGUUAAGGAUGAAUUCUUAGAAUUAGCAAAGGCAGCUAAAGUUGUCCUUGCAUGUAGAGUAUCGCCGAAACAAAAGGCAGAAAUAGUAAGAAUGGUAAGAGUUUCAUAGCCUGAUAAAACCACAUUGGCCAUUGGUGAUGGAGCGAAUGAUGUCAAUAUGAUAACUGCUGCUCAUGUAGGAGUCGGUAUUAGUGGAUUAGAGGGAUAAUAAGCUGCAAGAUCUAGUGAUUAUGCUAUAGGAUCAUUUAGGUUCUUAAAACCAUUACUAUUUAUACAUGGGAGAGAAGCGUACAGAAGAAAUUCAUAUCUGAUUUCUUAUAUGUUUUACAAAAAUGUGAUUUUUGUGUUUCCCAUCUUUUGGUAUGGCUUCAUUUCAGUAUUUUCAGGCUUAUUUUUCUAUGAUGGUAUACUAUAUUAACUUUACAAUGUCUAAUAUACAAGUAUGCCAAUUAUGUUCUACGCAUUAUUUGACUUCUAACAUACGAAAGAAGAAUUUUUGAGAGAUCCAAAAUAUUACAAAAUAGGCUUCAAAGACGAAUGUUUCAACAAGUUUGUAUUUUGGAGAUGGAUAUUUUAUGGGAUAUGGCAAGGUGCUCUUGUUUUAUUCCUUGGAUUUAAUACGAUGGAAGAUGUUGAUGGUUCUUCAGGGAGAAACAGCUCAUAUAUUGUUGAUGCAUAAUUUGUGUACAUGGGAGUGGUAACAUUAGUAAAUAUUAAGAUCUUGACUUCUUCUAAUACUCAGACAUUCUGGUCAUUCUUCUUUUCAAUCGGCAGUAUCCUCACUUUUAUAAUAGAAUUCUUUAUCGUCAACCUGUUUUCAUCUUCAGAUGUUUACCUUCAGUGGAUAUUUGUGUAUGGCCAUCCACAAUUCUAUGUAGCCUUAUUUUUCAUAGGAGGAGCCUUGGUUUUAGUUGACAAUGGUCUACAUUUGGCUCAAUAUGAGAUUUAACAGUUUAUUGAAAUUCAAGAGCAAUACAGAACACGAAAAAUGAAAUACCUCAUUGAUCAUGACACAGCUAUUUAAAGAAGAAGGAUUACUAAGCUAUCUCAUCGUGGAUUCGCCUUUUCAUAGGAGCCAGGAUAAUCACCUUAGAUUACUGAUAACUUGCUUAAUAAGAUUCAAAAGUCUAUACAAUAUAAGUAUGGCUUCUCACCUAAGGUUGUUGAAUCCAAUACUCAGUACAAUCCUCUCGAAUAACUUGACAAGAUUUAAGAGGAAGAGGCUGAUAUCAUUGAACAAAAUCAUAUUUAAGGAUUCAAGCAGUCCCAUGAAAACUUACAAAAUAACUAUUUCCUAGAGUCAAAGAGUAGCGACACCAAUGAAGAUGAGAGAAAUAAAUCAUCAAUUAAUAUGGGUCUUUACUGA